CUGACUCUGAGCUCAGUGAAGACGCCCUUAGCAACAACAUACAGCUUCACCAUCGAAUAAGAUACUCGGAGCACACAGAAGAAGGAUUUAACAGUGCAGCUUUACUGCACUGACCUCAGGUGAAGCUUUUACGCGACGGAGAUCUUCCUCCGGUUAUUACUGCGGUAUAAACAUGGGGCGUGAAUACAGUUAGCCUGCUUUGGGCUAGCCAUCCCCGAAGACGAGCGAAGCAGCCCCAAGCUGUCCCGAAGGAGGACAAAUCCUGGGGGCUCUUGUUUGUUAACUAUCAAGCCAGCUUACCGGGAAUAGGCACGGGAAUGGUGCUAUCGAUCGAUUCAUUGUACUGUCAGAGAAAGGCGAGGGGCACAUGGGUCAGACCGCCGACCAGCUGUGAUACUUGGACUCAAACUAUUUUGAACGGAGGAAGCGGCUCUCCGGCGGACGAGUGUUUCGUGGCUCUGCGAGCUAGCUGGCUAGUUAGCUGAGGGAAACGACCCCCCACCGCCUGUUCGGGUUUUUCAGACUGCAGCUUGGCUCAUGUUAGCCAAGACGAGUUUGAGAGCAACACAAGAAAACACAGUAAAACCAAGAAAAAACUGCUGCCUAAACUGGGAGGAAAGCUUGUUAAUCCCGAACUUGAGUUCAGUCGAAACCAAAACAACUCUCACGGGCACUCGGACUACUAACAAAACACCACUACAGCAGACUUUUGAAUACUAAUAGCUAAGUUUGCUAGUUUAACCCCUCCACUCCCACGCCCUUUUUAAAAAAAUUUUUAUUCGGAAUUUUUCCACUUUGGAUGCUGGCAUCUAAUAUUCAUUGCAAUCAUGAUGAUAAUAAGCAGGAAACCAGAGGGCCCAAUAGCAACAGCACGCCACGGUGACGGUCUGUACGACUCGUACAUGAGGACCGACCACAUCCUGAAAGACGAAGCAGACACAAACAGCCCAUCUGGACUACCCCCGGUGCCCAAACACACAGUUGUCAGUAACAAGGCUGUAAUGAGGGAUCAGGUGACUGUGCGAGGUAGCCAGCUGAAGGUUAAAUACCUGUAUGAAGACUCAACCAGCAACCGCAAGAUCAACGCCAUAGCCACAGCAACCACUCAGAAUGGUGGGACCAUCCACGAGACGCCCACUAAACCUGCCCCGCCCUCCAGCCUGUCUAAAGAGCACAGUGCAGACAGCACUGAAUCCAGUAAGGGCUCCAGUGACUCCUCCGGGCCACAUGGGGCCGGGAAUAGCGUCAACAGCAGCAAGGUGUGUGGCCCACUCACUCCUGAUCAGGCUCUGAGACUGUACCGAUCUCAGCUUACCACCCUGGAGCAGGCGGAGAUCCACUCCUACCCGGACGUCUACUUUGUGGGACCCAGUGCCAAGAAGAGACCUGCAAUUGCCGGAGGCAGCAACAACUGCGGCUACGAUGACGAGCAGGGAGGCUACAUUCACGUCCCCCACGACCACUUGGCUUACCGCUACGAGUUCCUCAAGAUUAUCGGUAAAGGUAGCUUUGGCCAGGUUGCGAAGGUGUACGACCACAAAAUGCAGCAACACCUGGCUCUGAAAAUGGUGCGCAAUGAGAAGCGUUUCCACCGGCAGGCACAGGAGGAAAUCCGCAUCCUGGAGCACUUGCGCAAGCAGGAUCGUAACGGCACCAUGAAUGUCGUACACAUGCUCGAAAACUUCACCUUUCGCAACCACAUCUGUAUGACGUUUGAGUUGCUCAGCAUGAACUUGUAUGAGCUUAUCAAACGCAACAAGUUCCAGGGCUUCAGUCUGCCACUGGUCAGGAAGUUUGCACACUCCAUCCUGCAGUGCCUGGAGGCCUUAAGCAGGCACAGAAUCAUCCACUGUGACCUCAAGCCAGAGAACAUCUUGCUCAAACAGCAGGGUCGCAGCGGCAUCAAGGUGAUUGACUUUGGCUCCAGCUGUUUUGAGCACCAGCGGGUCUACACCUAUAUUCAGUCUCGUUUUUAUCGAGCUCCGGAGGUGAUCCUUGGUUCGCGUUACGGCCUUCCCAUUGACAUGUGGAGCUUUGGUUGCAUUCUGGCUGAGCUGCUGACUGGCUACCCUUUGUUCCCCGGCGAAGAUGAGGGUGACCAGCUGGCCUGUGUCAUGGAGCUGUUGGGGAUGCCUCCGCAGAAGGUCCUGGAGCAGGCCAAAAGAGCAAAGAACUUCAUCAACUCCAAAGGCCACCCCCGUUACUGCGGAGCCAACACUUUGCCCACCGGAGCCACUGUGCUGACGGGGUCUCGCUCGCGCCGUGGCAAGAUGAGAGGCCCUCCGGGUAGCAAAGAGUGGAGCGCUGCACUCAAGGGCUGCGAGGACCCCACCUUUACUGACUUCAUAAAGAAGUGUUUGGACUGGGACCCGUCAUCUCGCCUCACCCCUACCCAGGCCCUUAGGCACCCUUGGUUGUAUCGCAGGCUUCCCAAAUCAAUGCCCGGGACAGAGAAGAGCCAAGGAGCUACGGUGAAACGACUCCCCGAGCACCACAGCACCUCUUUUCCCUCUAUUCUGGCCAGGGGGGGGCCUGGCUUAAGCUCCACAACUGCCAGUAACAACAAACUGAGAAACAACAUGAUGGGAGAUUCAGGGGAGGCCAUACCUCUUCGCACGGUCCUACCUAAACUUGUCUCUUAGAGGGAGAGAGCCUCUAAUCUCCUCUCUCACCACGUUUUCCCACCCGUGCACUCCUCAGGAGGAGUCAGAGUUCAGGAGAAAGUGGUUUUAAAACUGCUUCAUUUGUUCUUUUAUUUGUUUUUCUACUGCGAGGUGUCGACACCCCCAGUCUUUGGAUUUUAAUAUUAGUUGAACAGAAAGAGAGGAAUGAUAAAAGAAACACGUAAAAGUUUUUAUACAGUGGCUGCGGAUUUCUCCGCAUUCAGCCACAUGAAUGAAGUUUGAUUUUAGGUAAUGUUUUUUUCUUAAAAUUAAAAAAAUAAAUAAAUAAGAAAGAAAGAAAAAAAACUUCCUCGUGUGAGUGGACAGCUUGGUAAAUGAGAAAAUGUUCCUAACCUGUGUGUGAGCUCACGUUUGUGUUUUAGCAAAACACACUGAAGCACACCUGCACUGUCACUUGCCUCAUUUCACACUAUUAACACUUGUAGGACGCCCCCCCAAUCUUUGUGGGGAAGUGUUUAUAUAAGUGAAACUUGAAAAGGGCUACAGAGAUUACACUUAUCAAGUUAGACUUAGCAAGAUUUGUUCAGCCAACAUAAUUUAAUAGAAAAAAGACAGGCAUUAGUAUUUGGCUCUGCUAACACUUAACACAGUUAUCCCUCAUGUAUACAACAUAAAUGCCUUCAGACAGGUAAUACAGGAUUGGCUUUAUUGGCUUUAGCGAAUAAUUAUGAAAACAGCAUUAAGAAGCCCCCCCCCAUCUGUUGUGCUUGCGUUUCAGCUCAGUAUGUGACGUCAAUAUGUGUGUGCGUUUAGCAGUACCGUGGGAGAUGUUGAUAGGGCGUAGGAUGACCUAUUUACAGCCCACUUUCCUCCUCCCCAUUUUCACCAUACACGAGGGGGGGAUCAGGGCGACAGCAGCGCCACUCAGACUACGUUACAAAGGUGUCGCGCUCGGUACCGCACAGCUGGUUUGCGAGAGAGGGCCAGAACCGAAAGUCAAAGCACCUAAACACCUUCGGGUUGGUUGCCAGGAAAGUUGUUGUUGGAAAAUUGCAGUUCGUAUGAAUGUCACCUGCCCGUGCCUGUAAUUGGCUGCUGUGAUUGUUGGCAGUAGUGCUCCUAAUGGAUGAACAGUGCAAGGCAAGAAAGAUCAUAGGAUAAUAUGAAGGGCAGUAUGUUUAAUAUGAGCCAGGAUCUUUUUAUUCUUUGGGGAGAGGCGUGGAAGACGAAUCAGUGACAGAAAGAUGGGUUUUAUGGUACUGAUGAAAGAAAUGUUUCUCAGGGAGACAUACUUGAUAACAUCCCUUAAUCUUAAAAUUUACUAUGUUCCACUUAUAGUCAUUUAUCCCGACUGUGGAUGAAGAUGGCAUGCAGCUCGGUCCACUCGGCGCGAGAGCAUUUCCGACUGUCUGCGAAGGGGGUCUGCAUGCUCCACAAUCUGACCUAGAUUCUCUCUCCUCCCCCACCAUCACGUUAUCGCUUUUUUUUUUUCCCUCACUGUCUCAUGUAGGGCAGGGAACCUCUUAAACACUCACAUACACAGUGAAUUAUGGUGCUGUCCAGAAUGCACACACACACAGACACGCACACAGAAACAUGUCAGGUGCAUGUUGGUAUGGACCACACCGUUCAAGGGGUUCUUUCUCUUGUCCCUCAUUUUCUAAAUGGAACUGUCAGGGAUUUCUAUUCUGUCUCCAAGUUUUUUAUAGAAGUGGUUUCUAAUGCUUUUCACUCCUAAAUAUCACAGGAUGUCAAAUGCAAAAAAUAAAAAAAAGUCAUAUACUGUCAUGUUGUACUAGUGGUGUGAGUUAGUAGGAGGGUGUUUGGUGUUCGGCAUGAAAUCACAACCUGUUAUCAAACUGAGUGACUAUGAGAGAAACUGUACAGUAACCAAAUGAAGUUGUGAUAGUUUCUUUUUUCUAAGAAAAAAUAAAAAUGACUUCAAUGAA